CUCCGGAGCCGUCGGCCCCCCUCCACCACCCCUCCAUGAUCGGCUCGGCCAUGACCUCCUCCCUCAACUCCCCCGUCGCCAGUCUGGGCUCCCCCUUCCCCGUCAUCAGCUCCUCCAUGGGCUCCCCGGGGCUCCCCGCCACCCCCGCCAUCGCUUACGGCCCCGUCAGCAGCCCCCAGAUCAACUCCACCGUCAACCUCUCGGGGUUGCCCGUCAGCAGUUCGGACGACGUCAAACCGCCUUUGGGGAUCCGGGCCGUCCCUUGUCACCCCCACGGCCCCGGCGUCGCCGGCAAACGCCUCUGCGCCAUCUGCGGUGACCGCUCCUCAGGAAAGCAUUAUGGGGUGUACAGCUGCGAAGGCUGCAAAGGUUUCUUCAAACGUACCAUCCGCAAAGACCUGACCUACACCUGCCGCGACAACAAGGACUGCGUGGUGGACAAACGCCAACGCAACCGGUGCCAGUACUGCCGUUACCAGAAGUGCCUGGCCACCGGCAUGAAACGGGAAGCCGUGCAGGAGGAACGCCAACGGGGGAAGGAGAAGGAAGGCGACGGCGAUUUGGGCGCCAACGCCAACGAGGAGAUGCCGGUGGAGAAUUUGGAAGCCGAAUUGGCGGUGGAGCAAAAAUCGGACCAAAAUGUGGACGGCGCCGGUACCGGGGGUAGUUCGCCCAAUGACCCGGUGACCAACAUCUGCCAGGCCGCCGACAAGCAGCUCUUCACGCUGGUGGAGUGGGCCAAGAGGAUCCCCCAUUUUUCCGAGCUGCCCCUGGACGACCAAGUCAUCCUGCUGCGGGCGGGCUGGAACGAGCUGCUCAUCGCCUCCUUCUCCCACCGCUCCAUCUCGGUCAAGGACGGGAUCCUGUUGGCCACCGGCCUCCACGUCCACCGCAACAGCGCCCACAGCGCCGGCGUGGGGGCCAUCUUCGAUAGGGUGCUGACCGAGCUGGUCUCCAAGAUGCGGGAUAUGCGUAUGGAUAAGACGGAGCUGGGCUGUCUCCGCGCCAUCAUCCUCUUCAACCCGGAUGCCAAAGGGCUUUCCAACCCCGGCGAGGUGGAGCUGCUCCGGGAGAAGGUCUACGCCUCCCUCGAGUCCUACUGCAAGCAGAAGUACCCGGAGCAACAGGGCAGGUUCGCCAAGCUGCUCCUUCGCCUCCCGGCUCUACGUUCCAUCGGCCUCAAAUGCCUCGAGCACCUCUUCUUCUUCAAGCUCAUCGGGGACACCCCCAUCGACACCUUCCUCAUGGAGAUGCUCGAAGCCCCCCACCAGCUCUCCUGA